CUGUCCUGUUAUGGCCGCAUUGGUAAAUGAAUGCGAUGUUUUGACCUGUCCCAUAUGUUUAGAAACACUAAAAACUCCUAAAAGUCUACCAUGUUUACACAGUUUUUGUGAAAUAUGUAUCGGUGAGUUUAUUUUAUCAACAGAACGUCGAUUAGGACAUAAACUUUCGAGUUACCCUUGUCCCGUUUGCAGAUCAGCGGUUACGCCCACGCAUCCGGAUAACGAUACUUCUCAGUGGGUAUUAUCUCUUCCGCAAAGUAAACAAAUAUGUCAAUCAGAAAGAACUGAACAGGAAUGCCACAUGUGCAAAAAGCAAAACAAAUUAAAUACAGCAACACACUGGUGUCGGGACUGUGUUGAAGCAUUUUGCAAGGAGUGUUUACGUCUCCAUAAUCUUAUGAAGUUUUCUGCAGAUCAUAAAGUUGUAAAGAUCGAUGAAAUAGAAAAGACUGUCAGCGGAAGCGAGACUGAUUUAAGUUUAAUUUGUGAUUCGUGUCCUAUUCACAAAUCAAAAAUCUUUGAAGCGUUCUGUUUUGACCACCAGCAACUAUGCUGCGUUCUCUGUCUAACAUUGCAACAUAGAAAAUGUGAAACUGUUCAUGCUUUUGAUGAAAUUCAUUAUCUGAACAAAAGUAGUAUAUUGUCAUCACUAGAAUCGGAACUUAUCGAAAUGAAAAGUAAAGUAUAUGAAAUAAAAGAAGCAAGAUGGGUUCACAAGGAAAGACUAGAUGUCGUCUUCACAGAGAUGGAAUUAAAUGCGAGCCAGCAUGUUUUAUGUUUGAAAGAGAAACUAGAUAGUUUAUUGGAUAUGUUUAUAAAAAAACUGAACCUAACCCGUGACGAACAGAGACUAUCUUCUGAAGAAAAGAUGGAGGUAGUUGAUAAACUCUUGAGAUAUAUUGAACAAUUACAAAACGUGUCAAAAACGGUUCAAGAUCAGUGCAAUUUAAAUCAAGCAUUUAUUUUCUUUGAACAAUCCAAAGCCAAGCUUAAAUCCGUUGUUCAUGGCGUAAAAGAUGUAAUGAAUAUAAAGUCAGUCAAUAAUGCUGAAUUUAUUUUUAGCAAAACACUGGACCAAGUCUCCAGUGUUGAUUCUCUUGGCGAUAUUGAGUUUUCAACAUCUAAUUCAAUUGAUAGUGAUGAAUUUACUAGACAGUUAUAUCCACCAAAAAGUAUUUUACUUGACAAAAGUAGGCAUCCACUUUCUUAUAACAACAUUUCAUUUAAACAUAAUAAGACUGUAAAUUUAAAAGGCUUUACCAUUUACAGUUGUGUCUUCAUUUCGGAAACCAUAGUUGUUUUAGGUGGAAGUGAGACAUGUAAGGAUGUCUUAACAGGAAACAUAAAGACUCUUGACAUAUCAACUGGAAAAAUCACAUCCGAAUAUAUUAUCGCAGAAACAGUCAAAAGACUUGCUGAUGAUUUUGAGAGUGCAUCUCUAUUUGUUUCAUGCUAUGGUUCAAAACUGCACUAUUUGAAAUUUGUCAACGAUUUCAGACCACAUGUAAAUCUCGAAAGAAUCACCGAAAGCGUUGGAGGUGCAUGUGUAUACGAAAAGAAUUUGUAUGUAAUAGUUGAAAAAGCCGUGCAAAAAGUAAGCAUCGAGCAAUUAGAGAAAGACGUCAUUCCACAAACAUGUUUUAAGACUGAUGACGUCUGUUCAUCUAUUAAUGGGCUUGAAAUUGAUUGCAAGAAUAAACGUUUUCUAUACACAUCUCCAGAUUUUGGAGUGGUGUGUUCGUCAUUAGAGGGUCAUACAAUCUUUUCUUUUAAAGAUAAAAAUAUGAAAAGUAAUUGCAUAGCUAUCUUUUCGCAAGGAGACAUAUUAAUAGGUGAUCACAGUGGAUCCGUAUAUAUUUUAUCAAACGACGGAAAACAAAGAAGAACUGUUAUCAAGAAAUGCAAAAAGGUGUUUCUAAUUUGGGAUAUUUGUUUAAACAAAUCUAAUAUGAGUUCCAUUAUUUGUGGACCUGACUUCAUAGAAAUAUAUGACAUUGUUUCUACUAAACAAAAGAUAUAACAUUUGAAGACAUUGUUUAGAGUUAAAUGUAAUACUAAUUAAUAAUCAAUCAGUGUACUAACUUAAGGUACACCUUA